GGCGGCGCCGCCGGAAGCGCGGCGCGGGCUACUUCCGGCUGUGCGCGAGCCGCGAGCGGAGGCGCGCCCGCGAGCCUGCACCCCGACGAGACAAGAUGGCCGGGCUGCCCCGCAGGAUCAUCAAGGAAACCCAGCGCUUGCUGGCAGAGCCAGUCCCUGGGAUAAAAGCAGAGCCAGAUGAAAGCAACGCACGUUAUUUUCACGUGGUCAUUGCAGGUCCACAGGAUUCCCCCUUUGAGGGUGGGACAUUUAAACUUGAACUAUUCCUUCCAGAAGAAUAUCCAAUGGCAGCUCCUAAAGUACGUUUCAUGACCAAAAUUUAUCAUCCUAACGUAGACAAGCUGGGAAGAAUAUGUUUAGAUAUUUUGAAAGAUAAAUGGUCCCCAGCUUUGCAGAUUCGUACAGUUCUGCUAUCAAUCCAGGCUUUGUUAAGUGCUCCCAAUCCAGAUGAUCCACUAGCAAAUGAUGUAGCUGAGCAAUGGAAGACCAAUGAAGCCCAAGCCAUAGAAACAGCCAGAGCAUGGACUAGGCUAUAUGCCAUGAAUAAUAUUUAAAUGCGCUUUGAACAUCAAGUGUGCAUCACUUCUCCUGUUCUGCCAAGACCUCUUCCUUUUUUGUUUGCAUUUAAUGGACACAGUCUUAGAAACAUUACAGAAUAAAAGCCCAGACAUCUUCAGUCCUUUGGUGAUUAAAUGCACAUUAGCAAAUCUGUGUCUUGUCCUAAUUCACUAUUGUACCGCAUGAGCAGAGGCUAGAAGUAUCAUCUGGAUUGUUGUGAAAUUGUUUAAAAGCAGCAGCACAUCUCUGCUUUUAAUCAUUUUUCCCCAUCAUGGUUUAAGUAUAAGCACUGUGAAUGAAGGUAGGCAGGGUUAGCUGCGGGGCUUUUUGUUUUAAUUUUGUGGGCUCCUCUUCCCUUUUUAUGGUGAUGCUAAUUGCAUUGGUAAAAGCAGCUAACCAGUUAUACUUUAGAAUAUACCCUCUAGCCCAGUCUAACUUAGACGCUGUAGAUGGACAAGCUUCAUUGUUUGAACAAAAAAUGGGAACAUUAAACAUCCAUCACCUUCACUAAUAAUAUUGUGAAUCUGCUGUCAAGUGUAGAAAAAUCCCUCCAAGAAAAAGCUUGUGACCAUUUUGUAUGGCUUGUCUGGAGACUCUCCUGUAAAUCUUAUGUUUUAGUAAAAUAUUUUUUGUUAUUCUACUUUGCCUUUGUAUAGUUUAUUUUGCUGUGUUUUCAUUUCUCUAAUGUGACAAUCGUAUUUAAAAAAAUUGAAUUCAGAAUUGACAAUUUGUCUUUACCAGUCUGACAGAUUAAACAGUAAAGAGGUGGAAUUCACAUGAUUUUUUUGCUUCUGUUUGCUCACUUUUUUUAAUUAGCUUGUGUUACGCAGGCGACCUUAUCUGGCCAAUUUAAUACAAAAUUGCAUUUGGAGUGACACUUAAAAACAAGUCUCUGAUGUCACGAUUGUAACCAUAAUUUUAGUAAUGCAUUUUCAUGGAAAUAACCAUAGUCGAGCAGGAGGUUGAGAGCAAAUGACAGCACUAAUUGUGAGUAUCUGCAUAACUUCUCUUUGAUUGUCAUCAGCUUUUAGGCUACAUAGUUUUCUAACUUCCUUAAUUCCUGCCCUCUAUUAACAUGAAUUACCAGUGUGUAGAACCAUUGUUACAGCCAGCUUGUGUAUUGAUGUUUGCUUAACCACUUAGAGCUAGGGCCUCAUACCACUGGAUUUCUCUACUAGCCUUAUUAAGCUACUUUCUCAAGUAACUGGUCUGCUUAAGUAGCAAUAAAGCUGCUUUAUUGGAGGGAAUGAAAGUGAUUAAAAGCUUCCUUGUUUUUUGUGUAUGCAUCUUGUCUGGGAGUCUAGCAUCUUUUCUGGGAACCUAUUUUAUUGCAUCCCUUCACUUCUUGUAUCCCUAUUAUCUUCCUUUCCCCAAGCCUUCUCCUUCACAAAGAAAAAAGGCAGAAAAAAGCUUAAAAGCUUUUGGUGAGGCCAACCUGAAGUGUAUAAAUGACAGCUUAGAGUGGUUGCAGUAGGGAGUGUUUUGUCAUGCAAUUCAGGGGUAUGGUUAUGUAGUGUAUUGGUAUUCUUCCUCUUUCACCUCUUGUUACUCUGGUGUCAUCUGAAAUUUCUAUAGAAUGUGGUGUAUUUAUUGUGCUCUUAUGUAAUAUGAAGAAUAUCAUUAAAACUACAUUUUUCAACAGACAGUGCUUUCAGUGGUUAGUAGCCGGUAUUGUCCCUCAAACUACUCUUUGUAACAUGGUUGAAGCUUGGUUCAGAAUUCAACAUUUUCACCAGACUGAGCUAUAAAAAACCCCCUGCUUUUAAGAGUAGUUUGUGUAUUGAAUGUAAACCAAAGUCGAGUUCAGGGCUUGUAACAAACAACUUGCUUGUCAUAGUGGGAAAGCACCAUUAACCCUUCUUCUCCUUACAAAUGAGCAUGUGCUUGGAUUUAGCUGGCGGGCAUCCCCGUGUGCCACCAAGAGGGGCAGCUCUUGUGUCAGGCAGCUGAGAACAUGAGCUUGUGCAGUAGACCCUGGAUUCACUUCACCUCCCUCUUCAAGCUUUACCUCACACUUUCCUUGGCUCCUUCCAAGGACAAGUGGCAACCCCAGAGGACAGUCAGACCCACCUAAGCACUCCCUUUGAAUGUGACUUUACCUUCCCUUGGUAGAGAAAUGAAACCUGAGCUGGCACUCACCCAACUUCAAACUAGGUGGUGAUGAGUCCAGACCCAAGGUCAUUUAGCAGAUGGCUUGGUGCCUGUACAUCCAGGGCUUAAAACUCAGCUAGAGCUGGCAGCUAAUAGGAGGUGGUAAUUAAAACAUACUCUUGAUGAAGUGUUGUUAAUACAUCAGUAGAAAAAAAUCCUCUGCCCCCAUUUGUUAGUGACUGAAUAAAAUGGGUUUUAGAACCGUUUCAGUACAAAGUAUGUGUCUGGGUUCUUUGAACUGUCUCAAUAAAUUUAAGGUUUAAUUUAAUAAGUCCACACUGAGUUUGAACAUAAGAGUCCAUAGUGAUGGUAUAUCUGAAAUUAAUGAUGUAAAAGGAAAGGUAAAAUACUAUAUUUUAAAACACCUUAGAGUAUUUUCAAAUGGUAGUUGUAGUGUAGGAAGCUUCAAAUAGACUUCUUGAAAACUAAAAUGCUUUUGUUGUGGGGUCUAUUCAGGCAUAUUUUAAUAAUUUUAAAGUUUAUUUAUAUUUUAAACCUGAUUUAAGAGCCCUGUGUAUUUAAUUCUGUCUUAUGUUGGGGAAUGUGUGAAACUUUCAAACUAAAAUCUUUAAAGCCAGUUAGAUGUAACUUUUCCCUUAGUUAAGGAGGUGUAUAUUCACAGCCAUUUUCUGAAACUGAGUAACUGAGUUACAUUUGUUUAUUUCUACCAUUACAGCUGGUUAGCAAACGCAGCUAUUUUUUAGGGAGUGCUAGUUUUAUCUCCAUUUUUAGUGGAUGUCCACUGGAUAAAUUUACAAUAAAUUUUACAAUAAAUGGGUUUUCUCUAGCAUAACUAGUGCUAUGUGUCAAAAGUCCUGAAAUCCUGAGCAGGAGUGGUGAAAAUUGCAUUUUUGUACCUUACGUUUCUGGAGAGUAACUGUGUAGCUGCUGAGCUUGGGUUAUCACAUGGACUCUACAACCCCACUUGGGCAGUUUCCUUUAGAUCAACAGGAGGAUUUAGAAGGCUUUUAUUUUUGCAUAACCAUUCAGCAGUGGUCUGUUAAUGUGUAGCCAUGUUCUGUCAUGGGUGUGAAGUGUAUUAUCACCAGGAACUGAUGGAAGAGGUUUUUUUGUAUCUUAGUUGACUUUAGUCUAAACCAAGUGAAAUGUUGCUUCUACAGCUUUCAAGAAAGUGUAUUUCCAACACAUCGAGAUUAUUGUGAAACAUCCUAAUGGACUAGUAUCAUACAACAUUGUGACAUCUCAAUUUAUGUACAUUCCUUCUUGAGAUUUUUUUUUAUUAUUAUUAGGGUUAAAGUAAAAUGUCUGGUAGGUUUUGUCAAUAACAUGUCUUGACUGUAAUGUAAUAUGACACUGAAAUAAAAGGAAGAGUGAUUAUUCA